AUGAGCGUCAAACUCGAAAGAUCAGAAAAAUUAGAUGUCACCACUCUCGGAACUAGACAAGCCGCCAAAGUCAAUAUGAUCCUCGCGAAGAUUGAAGAAAUACUAAAGGAAAGGAAAAUGAAAGACGUCAUCACAAUUAAUCUUCCUGGACUGGACGAAGCUGGUGCAAGUGUUCAUGAAGCAAUACACGAGAAUUAUAACGCAGAAAUAAUUGGGAGCAAGCUUUUCAUUAAAUUUGACGGGCUUGCGAAAGAAGAGUUACAUUUCAAAUUAGGUGUUUCAGCCACGACACAUAAUCCGGAUUGGCGUAUAGCAUCCAAUGCAAUAUGUAUUGUACAAGGCGCCCAGCUUCGACCUGACCUUGGUGUAUGGUAUCGAAGGCCGACGCUUCCUCAACGGGUACACCCUAUUAUUAAUCGAGCUCCACCGCCAAAUGUGUGGAUUGAGGUGUUUUUUAACAACUCAGACCGUGACAAUGCUCUAUAUAAAAUUGCUUUUGUUCAACGAAUCUACCCAAGAAUUAAAUAUAUUGGGAUUGGUCUUCCCGAUUCAGUUCUUCCUUACUUGCCGAAUCCGAGUCCUGGGAUACCUUCGAGUCCUGCGACCCCUCAAAACAGCCGACCCAGUCAAGCUCCCUAUAUAAUCUAUUGGAAUGUCAACAAUAAUCCGGUUUACUAUAAGAUUGACAGUUGGAAUGAACAUCUUGUGCUUGGAUGUGGAUGGACGCUCGAAUUUAAUAUAGUACUCAACAUAUAUACUUGA